AUGGCUCCGAAACCUCACCUUCAGCUCAAGGAGCUGGGAUCCAAACUCGACAUUCUUCCUUCUUCUAAGGACGCUCUCGUCGAGCUCUUGAAGCAAGCUGCAGCAUGCCUUACUGACAUGGAUCAAUCACCUUCAGCUUCAGUAUUAGAGUCGAUGAAGCCCUUUUUAAAUUCAAUUGUUAAGCCGGAAUUGCUAAAGCACCAAGAUGGAGAUGUAAAACUUCUAGUAGCAACAUGUGUUUGUGAGAUAACUCGAAUCACUGCACCUGAAGCUCCUUACAGUGAUGGUGUUCUAAAGAUCAAUUUGCAGGACAUCUUUCAGUUGAUUGUGAGCACUUUUAGUGGUCUGAGUGAUAUAAGUGGUCCAUCCUUUGGCCAGGAAGUCGCUAUGUUGGAGAUUCUUGCAAAAUAUAGAUCGUGUGUUGUAAUGUUGGAUCUUGAAUGUGAUGAUCUGGUUAAUGAGAUGUUCAGUACUUUUUUUGCUGUUGCCAGAGAUGAUCAUCCAGAAAGUGUUCUAUCAUCCAUGCAAAAUAUUAUGGCUGUUCUCUUAGAGGAGAGUGAGGUUGUUCACGAGAAUCUUUUAUCUAUUCUACUGUCCACUUUAGGUCGUGAAAAAAGAGAUGUUACUACAGCCGCGAGGAAGCUUUCCCAGAAUGUCAUACAACAAUGCAUAGGAACACUUGAACCUAGCAUUAAACAAUUUCUUCUAUCAUUGGUGUCAGGAGAAAGCAAGCAAGUGAAUAGUCAAGUUCAGUUCCAUGAAGUAUUAUAUGAUAUCUGUUGCUGUGCUCCUCAGAUCCUAUAUGGAAUUCUCCCUUAUGUCACAGGGGAGCUACAGACUGACCAGUUGGAAACCCGUCUGAAAGCCGUGAACUUGGUUGGAGAUAUCAUUGCUCUUCCUGAAAUUUCCACUGCUGAGGCAUUUCAGCCAAUACUUUCAGAGUUUGUAAAGAGGCUGACUGAUAGAGAUUUUGGGGUUCGCAUGUCUGUCCUUGACCAUGUAAAGAGCUUUCUUCUGUCAAAUCCUCAGAGGCCUGAAGCUCCUCAAAUAAUCUCUUCCCUUUGUGACCGGCUUCUGGAUUUUGAUGAAAAUUUUCAAAAACAAGUGGUGGCUGUUAUCUGUGAUGUAGCAUGUCACACCCUACACGUAGUUCCUCUUGGAGCUGUGAAACUUGUUGCAGAACGGCUUCAAGACAAAUCUCAACUUGUUAAAAAGUAUACCAUGGAGAGACUGGCUGAGAUAUACAGAGUUUUUUGUGAGAAAAGCUCUGAUACCGUUAACCCCAGUGGAUAUGACUGGAUUCCAGGGAAGAUCCUUAGAUGUUUCUAUGAUAAAGAUUUCAGAUCAGAUACAAUUGAAUCUAUUCUGUGUGGGUCGCUGUUUCCAUCAGAGUUUUCUAUCAAUAAUAUGGUUAAACAUUGGAUUGAUAUUUUCUCUGGAUUAGAUGAGGUGGAGGUCAAGGCUCUUGAAAAGAUACUUGAGCAAAAACAAAGGCUACAAGAGGAGCUGCAGAAGUAUCUAGCUCUGAGGCAGAAUAGUCAGGAUAAAGAAAAUCCGGAGGUUCAAAAGAAGAUUGAGUUCUGUUUUCGAGUAAUGUCCCGUUCAUUUGCUAACCCAACAGAGGCGGAGGAGAGUUUCCAGAUUCUUGAUCAGUUAAAUGACACUACUAUCUGGAAAUUUUUGACGAAUCUUGUUGAUCCGAAUACUAGCUUUCAUCAAACUCGUAUUUACAAGGAUGAUUUGAUUAAAAUUCUGGCUGUUCUUUCAGAAAUCAUCAGAUAUAAAUCUGCAGAGAAUGAUCAGCGUACGAAAUCUUGCAUGAAUAUGUUAGUGAUAAUUGCUCGUUUCUGUCCACACUUUUUUAACGGCAGUGAGAAGGAACUGGUGAAGUUACUCAAAGAUAAUAAUAAUAAUGAUAUGAUCAGAGAGGGUAUUUUGACUAUUUUAGCAAAGGCUGGUGGUACUAUUAGAGAACAACUAUCAGUUAAAUCAAGUUCUGUAGACCUUAUGUUAGAAAGACUAUGUUUAGAAGGCAGUCGGAGACAGGCAAAGUAUGCUGUGCAUGCUCUAGCUGCAAUAACAAAGGACGAUGGCCUCAAGUCUCUCUCAGUUCUAUACAAGAGGCUUGUAGAUAUGCUGGAGGAGAAAACACAUCUUCCCACCGUUUUGCAGUCGUUGGGUUGUAUAGCACAGACUGCAAUGCCUGUAUUUGAAACUAGAGAGAGUGAAAUUGAAGAAUUUAUAAUAAACAAGAUUCUGAAAAGUGAUAGUAAAGAUGAUCACACAAAAGCUUCCUGGGAUGAUAAAAGUGAUAUCUGUGUGUUGAAGAUAUAUGGUAUCAAAACGGUAGUAAAAAGCUACUUGCCGAUUAAAGGUGCUCUUGUUCGUUCUGGUAUUGAUGGUCUCUUGGAUAUCCUACGAAACAUACUUUCUUAUGGUGAAAUAUCAAAGGACAUAAAGUCAAGUUCAGUUGAUAAGGCCCACAUGAGACUUGCUUCUGCAAAGGCAGUUCUUCGUUUGGCAAGGCUUUGGGAUCAUAAGAUUCCUGCCGACACUUUUCACUUAACUUUGAGGGCAUCAGAGAUUGGCUUCCCUCAAGCUAAGAAGGUUUUCUUAUGCAAAGUUCAUCAAUAUAUAAAAGACCGCCUUUUGGAAGCCAAAUAUGCAUGUGCCUUUAUACUGAACAUAUUCGGAACCAACCCAAAUGAGUUUGCAGAGGAUAAGCAGAACUUAACUGAUAUUAUUCACAUGCAUCACCAAGAAAGGGCAGGACAGCUUUCAGGGAAAUCAGAUGCAAAUUCCUUGACCACUUACCCUGAGUACAUUCUUCCUUACCUAGUUCAUGCACUUGCUAACCUAUCUUGCCCCAAUAUUGAUGAAUGCAAAGAUGCUGAAGCAUACAAUACUAUAUAUAGGCAGUUGCACUUGAUACUAUCAAUGCUAGUGAAACGAGAUGAAGAUGUCAACUCGAAAGUAACUUCUGACAACGAGAAAGAAAUUCUAUCUGCCAUUACUUCUAUCUUCCAGAGUAUUAAACACUCAGAAGAUGCGGUUGAUCCAUCAAAGUCAAAGAAUUCUCAUGCCAUAUGUGACCUUGGAUUAGCAAUCACCAAGCGCCUAGUACAAAAAGAUGUUGAUAUGCAAGGAUUUUCUCAUUCAGUUUCUUUACCUUCCAUACUAUACAAAGCACAGGAGAAGGAAAAUGAUCUUAUGGCAAGCGAAGUGAAAACCUGGUUGGGGGAUGAAAGUGUUUUGGCUCAUUUUGAAUCAGUUCAAUUAGAAAUGGUUCCAUCUCAAUCAGCUGAAGAUCAUGCUUUAAAGGAAGAAGAUGAAAAAGACAGAAAUGAAAUUCCCCUUGGAAAAAUAGUAAAGAAGAUAAGAUCUCAGGGAACCAAGGGGAAGAAGGUGAAAAAGGAUAAAACCACGACAGCUGAAACGAAAGAAGCUGAAGAUGAUUUUGACAUCUUAAAUAUGGUCAGAGAAAUUAAUUUAGACAACUUGGGGACAUCUAAUAAUUUCGAAUCAAGUAAUGGUCAUGAAAGUUCUUUGAGUAAGAAGGUGCAGAAAGAUCUCGAGUUUGGAACAAUAAAAAAACGGAAAGUGGGAGAAGAAACACUUGUUCCAGUGCCUAAACGAAGGCGAUCUUCCAUUACCCAUAGAAAAUCACGACCGGGCAGUUCUUCAAAAGCUUCUCAAAAAGUUUCAGAGGAAGUUCCUUCUGGAGUGAAAUUACUGUUAGAUGCAGUAAUUACUCCCGAUACAGGUAGCAAAAAUAUGCAGAGAAAACUGGUCAAAGGAAAAGAGCCCUCGUCAGAACCAACAAUUAAGGCCUUCAAGAGUUAUCGUAUUGAUGAAUCUGACAAAUCUGAAGAACGUGACAUAAAGAGUCCUGGAAAAUUAAAGACAACUAAUAAGACAGAGAGUGAAAAUUUCAAAAUGUCUGUUGGCUCUACUAUAAAGCGGAAAAGAAAUAGUACUGGGGGAUUAACUAAGUGUACAACAAAGGAAAAUCAAAGUCAUGCUGGAGAUCUGAUCGGCUGCAGAGUUAAAGUUUGGUGGCCUUUGGAUAAAACAUUUUAUGAAGGAACCGUUCAGUCAUAUGAUUCUUCAAAGAGGAAGCAUGUGAUAUUAUAUGAUGAUGGAGAAGUAGAAAAACUCCGUAUGGAAAAGGAACGUUGGGAGCUUAUCAACGAGGGCCACAAACCUAAUAAGAAGCUGAAGCCCUCAAAUACUCUACCAUUAAAUGAAGUUUCUACUGGGAAGAAACAGAGAAGUUCAAGUGGUUCAGUGACUAAAAAGACAAUAGAAAUUGUAAAUGGUAAACAAUCUCCUAGCAAGUAUGUUAAGCAUGGGCCAAAAAAAGCAUCAAAAACUAAUUUCCAUGAAGGUGUUAAUGAGAGUUCUGAGCUAUCAAACCCUGAAGAGACCGCAAUAUCUGAACCCGAGACCAACUCAGGUGGUUCUGAAGGGGAACAAGAUGAAGGGUCUGGUGUUAUCAUAGCCAAGAAGAAAGUAAAAUCAGGUUCACGUGGAAAGAGACCUAAGAAAAAGAAGAGCUUGAGUAAUAAGAGAGAAUCCAAUGAAGAGAAGCCGGAACCAGAUGAAGAGAAGCAGGAUUACGCUGAGAGAAUUUCUGGCAAUAGAGAGAGUUACCCACAAGGAGCUCAAAAUAAUGAAGAUAGUAGUUCAAAUGAAAGAGAUUUCGAUGAAUCAAGAGGAGCUUCGAGAGAAAAUGUUAAUGAAGAAGAAGAAUCAGGUCCUGAAGGGAAUCAAAAUGAGAGUGAUGGGGAAAGUAGUCCUAGUAGAGAAGUACAAACACCGCCUAAUGAUCGAACAAGUCCUGACAGCGCCGGAUUUGCCGAGCUUCCAGAUGAUGAGCCACUGAUCAAAUGGAAACUCCCCUCAGUGAAGAAAAGGUCAUCAGCGAAAAAACAAUAA